AUGGCAAACGUACAACCGAAUCCCAACUGGGAAUGCGAACAUUUGAGACCAGUUGAUGUAUCAAAUGGAUACCAUGCAGAUUUGGAUAUGUUUUCUCCUUUGGCUAGAAACCGCAUAUCACGUUCAUUGCCAAACUUUGAAGAAGACGCAGAAGAAAAUGAGAAUAACUUGAACGCGUACUCUUUCCGGCAGGUCAGACAUGAAGAUCGAACGCAGUUGUCUGCUUCUGUGCUAAUUAAUCAGCAGAUAUUUGAAAUCCAGCAGAAAGGUCUUUGCAGUGAUCCGACAGACUCGUCUCAGGAUAAAAUGCAGUGGCGUUCGUCAGCGACGAAAACUGUUCCGUUUGGUUCACCUUUUGCUAGAAAGAAGAAUGGGAAGACCCUGAAUGAGCUAGCACAACAGUCACAGAGGCAGCAGACGAAUGUCGGAAGUGCUGUGCAGGAGCUUCAUCUGGAUAGUGUCCACGCAGAGGCGAUGUCAAAUGGCCUAGAAGAGGGUCGAGAUUUGUUUCUGUCGCAUCCAGAACUUCAGGCUAAAUUGUCUUCAUUUUCAACGUCGCUGUUGCAUUCGGCCAGAGGAUUGGACGUUCAAAUUCCUCUUAACGGGCACCCUUCAGUAGCAGAAGCACCUUUUGUGAGUAACGUGAAUAAAAUGGCCGCCGCUUCUCAACUUAGCUCGCCAAUUUUUGUCGCUUCUGAUUCGCUGGACCUUGCAGAGAAGCUCGAACACUAUGCUGCGUUGUUGCGGGCAUCGGUGCUGAUAAACCAGAAUAUAUAUAUUGCUUUUAGAGCGGCUCGUUGCAAACCAGUUUAUCGACCGCACAGGUCUCUGCCGAUAUAUCUGAGCAGUUUUCUGAACCAGCAGUUGCAAAUCGGCGAACAGAAGCCGUUUCAAGUGAAACCGAUGCUGAAAACGAUUUUGAAGAGCACUCUUUUCGAUGUGAAGAACCUGUAUGGGUUAUGCGAAGACACCAAUGACAAUGAAGCCAACUCUGAAACUGACAAAUUGCUUGACGUAACCAGUGGAGUGAAAGCAUAUGUGGGUGAAGUUGAGCUUGGGGAGAAGAAAAGUCGGAAGAAAAAAGAAGUUAUUAUUCAUGAACCCGCAGUUUUGAUCGAGGGGGUUCUAUUUCGAGCUCGAUAUCUCGGCUCUACUCAACUUCUCUGUGAUGGUCCUUCGACCAAAGCUUCCCGCAUUUUGCAGGCGCAGGAGGCGGUUUCAUUGAUCAAGGCUCCUGAGGGUGAGUCGCAACCCAGUACAGACGUUGACCUGUUUAUAUCUACUGAAAAGAUUAUGGUGCUGAAUACAGAUUUGCAAGUAAUAUUAAAAAUGCAGUUGGAUAUUAUGAUGGAUCACAGUUUACGGACAAUAAGUUACAUAGCUGACAUAGGCGACUUGCUGGUCAUAAUGGCUCGAAGAGUUUCCCAAUCAGCUUCUGACGGACAGGGUGUUUCCAUAAAGCAGAUUCCAAAGAUGAUUUGUCAUGUUUUUGAAUCUGAAGAAGCUCAGUUUAUUGCUCAGUCGAUUGGACAGGCUUUCCAAGUGGCCUAUCUGGAGUUUCUGAAAUCUAGAGGAAUUGAAGAUCCAGGCUAUUUGCGAGAACUUGACUACCAAGAAGUACUCAAUUCUCAGGAAAUAUUCAGCGACGAAUUAGAUUUGUUUUCGAGCAAGGAUACGCUGAAAGAUGCUGUGGUGCCAAAAAAGAAGGACGAGCCUUUGGGUAUAGUGAUCGUCGAAUCUGGUUGGGGCAGUAUGCUACCAACGGUGGUAAUUGCCAAUAUGCUUCCUGAUGGACCAGCGGCUAGAUGCAAGAAGCUCAACAUCGGUGACCACUUAAUUGCCGUCAAUGGCAUAUCGUUGGUUGGUUUGCCAUUGACAUCCUGUCAACAGUAUAUCAAGGAUGCCAAAAGCUUGACCGCCGUUAGAUUGACAAUAGUGCCUACGCCGCCAGUUGUAGAAGUGAAGAUCAAGCGACCGGAUACGAAGUAUCAGUUGGGCUUCAGUGUUCAAAACGGUGUGAUCUGUAGUUUACUGCGUGGCGGCAUUGCCGAACGCGGUGGAGUUCGUGUGGGUCACCGAAUAAUAGAAAUAAAUGGCGAGAGUGUCGUGGCGGUCCCUCAUGAAAAAAUUGUUACCAUGCUUGCCACUGCCGUGGGAGAGGUGAGUUUGAUUGCUUUUUAA